AAAUAGAUGGAUGAGCAGUACCUGCAACGCUGCAGCCAUGGAGAAUCUACACAGAAUGGCAAAUGACUGGGCAGACAAACAUUUCCGCACAGUCUAUGAAAAUUUUGGACAAGGUGGAUCUACUUUUCCUAACAACCGACGGAUUAUACUGUGUCUGGCACUAUUGAAUGCUGUUUUGCUGAUAGCCGCUGUUGCCAUUGGGAUUAACUGUGCCAAAGUCAAACAGGGUUCCCCCCAGGUUUCCCACUCAGCUGCAACACAGCUCAUCGACGAGCUGAACUAUCUCCGUAGCAACCACAGCGACGUGAUCGAGGCCGAAGAGGAGGCCAAGAAGGAGCUACAGAGGGAGAUCAAAAACCAUGCACAGCUAAAGGUGCAAAUUCAGCAGCUGAAGACCGUGAAUAACGGUUAUCAGAGACAGAUCGAGGGACUGCGAGCAGAGAAGACAGCUCUGCAGUCCAAUAUGUCAGCUUUGGAGGGAACCUGUGGUAGAUGCCUCUCUUCGUGGACUCUUCUCAACUCAACCUGCUAUUUCUUUUCUUACACUGAAUCCUCCACUGUCAAGAGGAACUGGCCAGAUAGCAGAGCAGACUGUAUCAGCCGUGGAGCCGACCUGGUUGUGAUUGAUAACCCUGAGGAGCAGAAAUUUGUGAGUGAGAGCCUCAAAACUUUGAAAGGUUCCCGUGGCAGCUGGGAGAACGGGUUCUGGAUCGGUCUUACUGACAUCGAGACAGAGGGGGCAUGGGUCUGGAUUAAUAAUGUCACAGAAGUGGAACAAAGGUACUGGAUGGAUGGAGAACCAAACAACAGCGGAGACCACGGAGAGGACUGUGCGAUGACAGUUUAUAGAUACACUAAUCCAUGGAAGACCCGGUUUGAUGGAAAGUGCAAUGAGCAUCGGUUACCCUGGAUAUGUGAAAUGCCAUCAACAUAAACUUUAUAUACGGUCCUGAAGUACUGCUGAAGCAGAAAACAUGAGCAUAUAUUUCAAACUGUCUUGAAUAAAAUACCAUUUAAGGUG